UUUACCCCCCUGGUGCGCGCGAAACGGCUGCUACUCAGAUCACAGCUUAUGUAGUUAAUCAGCUUUUAAACUGCUUAAACCGCGCCCUCACUUACUUGCUAGUGGUUUUGGUCGCACGCCGUAAGCGCUCAGCGUGCCUCUGUGCGCAGGAACGUGUAGAUUGAACUCGAGCAACUUAAUUUGUCGCGCGGAUCCGAGUGCUCCAAGUUGUGUCUCCCAGCCUGGAAAUGGCACAAUCUUCGGACAAGGAUGCCGAAUGUGCGCGGUUACUGCACAAAUUGUGCAGCGUCAUCACUGGACUCUCCGCGGAUGCCGUUUCACCCUUGUUCGAAGAGUGCUCGCACGUACUUGGCAGCUCCCCCUGGAGCCAUUUUGCAUCGUCGGAAAUUGACGAAAGCCGGGUGGCAGAGAGGAUCAACCGGUUAUUCAUCAGGGAGCACAAGGAGAAAGAAGCGGUUCGGUUUUCGGACCUCCAUCGAAGACUCCGCUCUCCGGCGUUGCAAGGUGUGCUGCAGAAUCGGGCACUGGUGUUGGCCUUCCUUCUUGAGAUGAAAGGCAAAGGGCCUGGUGGAGGGCAGUCAUCGUCUGGACCUCCCAGCAUGGAUGCCGAGCUCCUGCCCCUCUCACUCUCUCGGCCACACCCUCCGCAACCCGUCGCUGCUGCCACUCGUGGAAGGGAGCAACAAAGGUUAUCGUUCGUCCUCACCGGCGAGCCUGCGGCCAGCCUGAGCACCAGUCGAGCGUCCAGUGCGCACGAGCUGGAGGUGGUGCAGGGGGUUGUGUACUCCCUCCAAGGCGUGAGCAGCUCUGUGGUGCAAUUCUGCGACGCCCCGUCGGAACUAAUUGUGGAUCCAGAGGGCGUGGUGCCGUCAGACAUGCGGUCUUUGACGGGCCGCUUGACGGAGCUUGGGGUGCUGGUGCGACGGAUAGAUGGCUUCUGCAAGAACAAGCAAGCGAGGCGAGGCCUGCUCUCAGACGCACUCGUGGGCGCUCUCCAGACGGAGCUGACCGAGUACUACCGCCUACUAGCCCUGCCGGACGGACAGAUCCAGGGAGCAGGAGAACCGGCGGACGGUGCGGCACGCUACCCGCUUACCCUGCAUAGUCUGACCGUGAUGAUGAUGGAGCCCUUGGCCACGCUCAGGGUUCUGGCCAGUCUGGUGAAGGCUUGCCAAGGUCUCAAGGGGGGCAUGCUGGCAUCCCGGAUGCACGCUUUCCUGGCUCAUGGGGACCCUCAAGUCAGCACCCUGGUGCGGAGGCUUCUCGUUGCGGUGCUUCAUCCCUGGUACGGCAUGCUGUGUCGCUGGGUUCAGACUGGCCAACUGGAGGACGUCUAUCACGAGUUCUUCAUAGCGACGAACGAGGGGGUUCCGGCCGAGAGCCUGUGGCACGACAAGUACUACCUGCGCAAGAACAUGGUGCCUUCGUUCCUGUCCGAAGCGCAAGCACGCAAGAUUUUGUGCACGGGCAAGGCAGUCAACUUCCUGCUCCACGUGUGUCAGGACCAGCCGACGGGACCGCUGCUGCAAGACUCGCACUUGGAGGCACGCACAGUGCAGUCCCUGCUGGAAGCCGAUCGCGAUGACACCUUCCAGCAGUUCCUGGAUCAGACAUACCAGGAGAGGAAUCGCCGCGUCCUGGCUGUCCUCGGCUCGCAGUUCAAGCUCAAGGAGCACCUGCAGGCGCUGCGGCAGUUCCUGCUCCUGGGACAGGGCGACUUUGUCCGCCACCUCAUGGACGUUCUCGACGAGCAGCUGAGCCAGCCGGCGGUGAAGCUGUAUCAGCACAGCCUGAGUGAGUCUGUGGCCGAGGCCCUGCGCAGCACCAACGCGCAGUUUGUGGACCCCGAGAUCCUGGAGCGCCUAGAGAUCAAGCUGCUCGAGACGAAUCCGGGCGACGUCGGGUGGGAUGUGUUCUCGCUCUUCUACCGCGUCGAUGGUCCCAUUGCUUCGGUGUUCACCCCGUACUCAAUGUCGGUGUACCUCCGCCUCUUCAACCACCUGUGGCGUGCCAAGCACAUGGAGUACGUGACCACGGCUGCCUGGAAGCAGCAGACCAUGAACCGGAAGCUCUGGACCAGGGAUGUGCCCGAGUGCCUCCCGGUGCUGCACCAGUGCGACAUUCUGCUGGCAGAGAUGAUGCACUUCAUGCAGCAGGUCCAGUACUACAUGGUCUUUGAGGUGAUAGAGUGUGCCUGGGCGGAGCUGGAGACGCGCGUGGACCAGGCACAGGACCUGGACGAGGUGGUCAAGGCCCACGACGACUUCCUCUCGGCACUCAUGACGAGGGCCCUGCUAGACCCCGAGUCUAGGGACAUCCUGUCUGAGCUGCGCUCCAUCUUCGACCAAGUGCUGCGCUUCAACGAGGUGCAGGAGAGGCUGCUGACGCAGCUGGAGCAGACGAGGGCCGGCGGUGGGAAGCAGCAGCCCCGCUCCCAGCGCAGCGUCAUCUCUGAGGCGCAGGCUGCCGUGCGCGUCAUCUCCGACACCUACCAGAAAUUGGUUCAGGGAUUCCUGGUGAGCCUGUCUUGCCACGACGACAUCAACCUGCAGGGUCUGGGAUUCCGGCUGGACUUCUCGGAGUUCUACAACCUUCAGAACCACCAGCUUCGCUCCUCUAUGACCUUUCAAAGGCGGCGGAAGAGCCUCGGGUCCACGAUGCAUCUGUAGGCUGGCUGCCGCAUCAUCCACUCGGAAACCCCGCAACGCGCGUCAGUUUUCCUCGAUGCCGAACCGAUUUGACGGGGGAGGACUCCAUCUCGGGAACUGGCCUCUCACGUGGGCCAUUUUCGCCAGUAUGCCCACCACUCCGGGCCAUUCCCGAGUGCGACGUGUCACCGAUGGCCCCCUUGCCAAAUUACUCGAGCAGCGGAGAACAUGCUGCGAUUGCACGUAAGGCAUUCGUUGACGCAUUUUUGGUCAUUAACUUUGAAUCUUUUAUACUGAUAAGGCGAGCCCACGCUGCGCAUGUACAGCUUCGCAAUUUUUUAGUAGUAUCGAGGGGGCAUCGACCUAUUACCCCCUCGGUGCGAUAUCACAGAGUACUGUGAUCGGUGGUGAGCAAGUGUGCGCAAAGCUGCAAUCACUCUCGCCAAUAACGCCCCAGCACUCUGCGACAUAACGCCGACUGGCCCGCCAAUCGACGCUCCCUCGACAUUAAAAUAAAAUUGCAAAGCUGCACCUAUGCUCCCAGCAUUUCCCUCGGUGUCGGAGUAAUUUGGCAAAAGGUCCGUUAUGCAUGCCCGCCACCCUGAGCCUUUUCCGGGGGUGUCACGUCGCCAAUUACGCACGGCCAACGAGCCGGACGGAGUUGUUCCUAGCGCUUUAUUUAAUAUUGCUCCGUGCGACCAGCGUUGGCUCCAGUGUCUCGAUCCAGGGGAGGGAUUCUUGGGUAAGCGCAUGAAUUAAAACUUGUUCCACCAUGA